UUCCUUCAUGUGGUCGAGGAAGGAGGAGGAGAAGGAGAAGAUAGGGAAAGGCUCUUAGCUGCAGAGACACAAGAGCCGUUUCUCCGAGAAACCAUGACCGCCACCGAAGCUAAGAAUCGCAAAACCAAUGCCGGAGGCGAUAGUGAUAUCGAAAUCCCUGAUACUGCUCAUCAAAUCAGCAGCGAUUCAUGGUUUCAAGUGGCGUUCGUUCUGACAACCGGUAUAAACAGUGCCUAUGUGUUGGGAUACUCGGGAACAAUCAUGGUUCCUCUAGGUUGGAUUGGUGGUGUGGUUGGUCUUAUUCUUGCUACUGCAAUCUCUCUCUAUGCAAACUCUCUCAUAGCCAAGCUUCAUGAGUUUGGUGGCAAAAGACACAUUCGCUACAGAGACCUUGCUGGAUUCAUUUACGGUAGAAAGGCUUAUCACCUUACAUGGGGAUUACAAUAUGUCAAUCUCUUCAUGAUUAACUGUGGAUUCAUCAUUCUUGCUGGUUCCGCUUUAAAGGCUGUUUAUGUGCUUUUCAGGGAUGAUCACGCCCUUAAGUUACCUCAUUGUAUCGCCAUCGCGGGUCUAAUCUGCGCUCUCUUCGCCAUUGGAAUCCCUCAUUUAUCGGCUCUUGGGGUCUGGCUUGCGGUUUCGACCAUCCUCAGCCUCAUCUACAUCGUUGUGGCCAUCGUGCUAUCAGUAAGAGAUGGAGUGAAAGCACCUUCAAGAGAUUACGAGAUACAAGGAUCAUCAUUCAGCAAGCUUUUCACCAUCACAGGAGCAGCCGCAAAUCUGGUUUUCGCAUUCAACACAGGGAUGCUUCCAGAGAUUCAGGCAACAGUGAGACAACCGGUUGUGAAAAACAUGAUGAGAGCUCUCUACUUUCAGUUCACAGCCGGUGUUUUACCCAUGUACGCUGUUACAUUCAUCGGUUAUUGGGCUUACGGUUCCUCAACCUCGACCUACUUGCUCAACAGUGUUAAUGGCCCACUAUGGGUCAAAGCCCUUGCUAACAUCUCUGCUAUUCUUCAAUCUGUGAUCUCUUUGCACAUUUUUGCGAGUCCAACGUAUGAGUACAUGGACACAAGGUUUGGGAUCAAGGGAAACCCAUUAGCGUUAAAGAACUUGAUGUUCAGGAUCGUGGCUAGAGGCGGGUACAUCGCGGUUAGCACGCUCAUCUCGGCUCUAUUGCCGUUUCUUGGGGACUUCAUGAGCCUCACCGGUGCAGUGAGCACGUUCCCUCUCACAUUCAUUCUAGCCAACCACAUGUACUAUAAGGCUAAGAACAAUAAGCUCAAUUCUUUGCAAAAGCUAUGGCAUUGGCUUAACGUUGUCUUCUUCAGUUUGAUGUCUGUUGCUGCCGCCAUUGCAGCUCUCAGGCUCAUCGCCGUUGAUUCCAAAAACUUCCAUGUUUUUGCAGAUUUGUAA